AUGGAAUGGGAAAGACCGACGACGGUGACGGAAGUUAGGAGUUUCUUGGGGUUAGCCGGAUAUUACUGGAGAUUUAUCGAAGGAUUUUUCCAGAUUGCGCUCCCAAUGACCAAGUUGACAAGAAAAGAAGCGCCUUUUAUUUGGACGUCGGAGUGUGAAGAGAGUUUUCAAACUUUGAAGCAGAGGUUAACUUCAGCACCUGUUUUGAUCUUGCCGGAACCGCAUGAACCGUUUGAAGUAUAUUGUGACGCUUCGUUGAAGGGUUUGGAUUGCGUGUUGAUGCAAUACCAGAACGUGGUGGCUUACACAUCGCAGCUGAGAGGGUUCGGAAGGCGGUGGCGAUGGGGUCGCAUGGUGGAUCGGUUGGUGAAGGCUGUGGGACAGCAGUAUUUGAUUAGAGUAGAAAUUCCUGAGUUACGGCUUAAGGUGUAUUAA